CCAUCCCACCCUGGUCACUCUUUACUCAUAGUCUAAUUGACUCUAGCUUUAGCAGUUGCUUAUUUUAUUCUUAAAGGAGAGUUUGGCCCUGUAGACGAGAUCCCAAUUCGCGUCUGCUACUCCAAAUCUCCAGCCUAUUCGUCGCUCACACAGCCUCGCUAUCUGACAUCCUCGGUCUUUGUGCACUGUGCCCGUCUUUCAACAUGACGGCGUCUCCCAAUGGAACAGACUACUUGGCAUCAUACACCAAGCUUUCCUCCUGCAUCUAUGUUCAUGAACCAGACCACUCAGCCGACGACGUUGGCGACUAUCCCCGGACAAUCGUCAUUGCAUUCUGGAUGAACGCCUUCUCCAGAUCGCUAGCCAAAUAUAUUGUUGGAUACCGACAGCUGGCUCCUCGAGCCAGAAUCAUCUUUAUUCGAACGUCCUCUGCAGAAUUUAUUCUGCGUCCCACAAAGCGGGCCCAGUAUGCUCGUCUUGCACCUGCUGUUGAAGACCUGCUAGCUCUUCCUGCCGACAGCCCUGUGCUUAUCCACAUGUUCUCAAAUGGAGGUGUAUUUGCCAUAACACACCUUCUCGAAGCCUAUCAACAAGCCACAGGGCAUCCGCUCCGCAUCUCGUCCACAAUCAUUGAUAGUGCACCCGGAACAGCUACACUUACCGCCAGUUUCAAGGCGUUUUCUUUUGUGCUUCCCAGGACAUGGAUUCUCCGCCUUUUAGGCAAAGUUGUCUUAUACGCCUAUUUAGCUUCCAUGUUUGCGCUUGGAAAGGCGGUUGGGAAAUUGUUUGGCGUUCGAGAUGCUGUUAGCGUCGCGCGACAAGCCAUCAAUGACGGCAGGAUAUUGCGCGGAUCCGGCACGGCUGGUCUUCCGAGACGGUGUUAUAUCUACUCGGAUGCUGAUGAGCUUGUUGACUGGAAAGACGUCGAGAGACAUGCCUCUGAUGCAGAAUCAAUGGGCUUCGUAGUCCAGCGGGAAAAAUACACAGGAUCUGAACAUGUAGCGCAUAUGAGAGCUGACCCAGAGCGCUACUGGAAUACGGUGAAGCUAUAUCUUAAAUGA